AUGGAGGUUUUUAGCAAAAGCUUCAAUCUUUUCCUCAUGGCCUGCACAGUGCUGAAUGUAGGAAAGAUUUGUGCCUCAGCAGAACUUUACGGACUAAUGGUCACACCGAUUCGCAGCAAUCAGCAGGUAAAGCUGCAUGUUUGGUGGAACUCCACCUUUGCAGACACUACCGAAUAUGACGUUACCGUAACGCAUAUCGAUUCCGCUAAAUGUCCCCUGAAGGAAAGCCCGUUUCAAAACAAUAAGCACAUUAAAUGUGCGCCAAUCGUAGUGAGCGCGACAAUUACCGAAAUUACAAUACCGACCGACGAUGACGGGCAUCGUAAGCAUAUUUGUCCGAUCAAACUAUAUUGCACCUAUUCGGUAGCGGUACAGACAAUGGAUUUUUCUUAUAAAACAACGCAUCUAAUUGAAUUGCCAGAUUGUGUGGAGGAUUUAUGCUCCUGCCACUACGCAGAACAUUUGCCCGGGCUCGUUAACACAUCUGCUGUUAUUAACAGAAGCAGUAAUCAGCUCAUCGUUAGCUGGAUGCUAGAUACAUUCGAAUUAACGGAUUUGCCUGAGAAUGUUACACUUAAAGCGAUUCACAUUGAUGUUCGGCGUGGAACGAAUAAUGAUCUUGCAUGGGGUGGUCAACAUUCCAGCAUGAAGGAACUGACCCUUCCUAUAGACUCCAGUACAUACGUCUUCGAUAUCAAUGAUUUUGCCGGUAGCAAGUUUAUCUUCUUAAUCCAGCUGAAAGUAAUUGAUACAAGGGAAUGCGAACGGGCUGCGAACGUGCUGCGUGUUACACUCCCCGAUUCCAAACAGCGGCAGCACAAUACAACCGUGGGUUCUAAAGCAACAUGUACCAAUGAUACCGGUUGCGAAUGUGAUCGCUUAAAUAAUUUACCCGAUUUCUUGCUGGAUGCACGCUUCAAAGAGUCAGAAAUUGUAGUAACAUGGCGCCCAUUAAAAGUCAUUAGCUGGCAUCAGACAUCGACAACCGAUAUAGUUGGACUGUCACUAGGAAUUCAAGUGGAAGAAUCUGGGACACUGCUUUGCUCUGUCACCGUGGAUCCUACGACCAGCAAUACCUACACGUUCUUUAUGGAUGAAUUCUCUCCAAACCAUGGCAACAGUUUUCUGCUAAUGUCCACCUUCGUUGACGCUAACAAUAAUUGCGAACGAUCAAUGCCCACGUACAAGAUUCAGAGCCAUCCUUCCAGGUCUAUAUUGCUGCCAAUAUUGUUCGUUUUACUCGCAGUAUCCGUUGCGGUAGCAAUCGCUAGCUGUAUAUUUAUUUAUUACAAACGGCGUACCAAAUUUCGAUGGAAAGCCAAUAAUUGGAGAGGCGUUUAUGUGCGAUCCAGUGGUGAUCAUCAUCCCCAAGUAGCGAUGGAGGAAAAUCGAUUGUACACAGAUAUGGACAUUUUGAACGCCCGGGCACGAGGUGAUGCUGAUUAUUUGGAAGUCCCGCAUUCCUGUCUCCGAAUCGGACGGGAGAUUGGAAAAGGAGCGUUCGGGCGCGUGUUCAUGGCUAGCGCUAUUAAGUUACCGGGCUUCAACGGACCGAAAAUAGUUGCAAUCAAGCAGCUAAAAAAAUGUUCAUCGAGCGAUGAGUUCGACGAGUUUCUCGAUGAAAUCACAAUGAUGAAAAAGGUGGGAAAGCAUCCCAAUAUCGUUGCUCUACUCGGUUGCUGCACUAUCAAAGAGCCGCUUACGAUGAUAAUGGAGUAUGUUGGCUGUGGCGAUCUGUUGGAAUAUCUUCGUAAGAUCCGUGCUAAACACUUGGCAAAGGUUCAUCAGAUGGAAAUAAGCUCACAGUUGGAAAAUGGCAACUCACUACAAACCACAACUCCGGUUAACAACAUGUUUGGUCCGAUGGUGAAGUAUCUGGAUCUAUUGCAUACGUCCAGUUCUACCUCGGACGCAUCCUACAUAACACAAACGGACACCGCAACCCGACCAUCCGUGACAGAAACUACCUACACCAUGCUCAGUGGCACAAUGGCUGACGAGGAUAAUAGCACCACGCUCGGUAGCUGUUCGCUAGAGUAUGUACUCGAUCACAAGGAGUUGCAUAACUUUGCGAAACAAAUUGCCUUCGGCAUGGAGCGUUUGGAGGAACUUCAAAUCACCCACCGCGAUUUAGCCGCACGCAACAUUCUAAUCGACGAACGAAAAACGCUCAAGAUAUCGGAUUUCGGUCUAUCGCGCACUGGGAUCUACGUCAACACCCGGAACAAAAAAGUUCCGUUGCGUUGGCUGUCUAUCGAGGCGAUGCGGGAUAAUCUGUAUUCGAACAAGAGUGACGUUUGGGCCUUUGGAAUCGUGCUCUGGGAAAUCGGCACACUAGGUGGUUACCCGUAUCCUUCAAUUAGCAACCAUGAGCUGUUUGCCUAUCUGCAGGGAGGCAAGCGACUGGAACGACCGGAAAACUGCACUGCCGAGGUGUAUGAGCUGAUGCUACAGUGCUGGCGCGAGGACCCUAAUGAGCGGCCAUCGUUCAAACAGAUAUCAAAGCAUUUGCAACCGCACAGACGAAUAUACAUUGAUUUCAGUGAAAUCGAACCGACAUAUGUGUUUCCACCGACCAGUGAACAAAUACGAUUGGCCAUAGCGAACAAUAAAUGA